AUGCUGGGAGGAGCAGCUGGUGGCGAUCUGGGUGCCCUGCCUUUGGAGCAGUGGUUCUUUGAGAUGCCCGUCUGCACGAGAUGGUGGACCACUGCGACUGUCGUGACGGGCCUGCUGGUUCAAUGCCACAUCUUGACGCCCUUUCAACUCUUCUAUUCCUUCCGCGCCGUCUUUGUGAGGAGCCAGUACUGGCGUCUCUUCACCACCUUCAUCUACUUCGGCCCUCUAUCCCUAAACCUCCUCUUCCACAUCUUCUUUAUCCAACGAUACGCCCGCAUGCUGGAAGAAUCCGCACAGUCACAAGCACACUUCACCUGGAUGCUGGCAUAUGCUGCAACCACACUACUCUGUCUCGCUCCCUUGGUGUCUGUCGUCUUUCUGGGUUCCAUCCUUAGCAGCACACUGGUCUAUAUCUGGAGUCGCCGACACCCAGACGUCCAACUUAGUUUCUUGGGCCUGUUCAUCUUCCGCGCACCGUUUUUGCCUUGGGUCAUGAUUGCGCUUAGUGUGGUUAUGCAUGGACAGUGGCCGAAAGAUGAGUUGUGCGGUAUUGCUGUUGGACAUGUCUGGUACUUCUUCAACGACAUUUACCCAGCCAACCAUAAUGGCUCAAGACCGCUGGAUCCUCCUCUCUGGUGGCAAAGACUGAUACGAGGCAAUGCAGUCGUGGAUGCCGAAAUCCGUCAACAACGUGCAGAUACCACUGCUGCUGUUCAAGUUCAAUGA